GUAACGCAGCUGCCGACUGAUGCAACAUGGAAGGAAUACCGUUUAUUUCUUUUUGGAAGGUUGCGUAUAAAUAAAUAAAUGAAAUCGCUUGACUUUUUUUAGAUCAAGCAGAUUGGCAGAUUGUAUAGCUGAAUAUAUUUAUAGAAACAGUUGUUUAUCAGUUAACUCAAACGAGGCAUUAUGUUACGAAUUAAGGAAGCCAUGGUGUUGUUAAAUAUUGUUUCCUUCUUCGUUUGUGUUUGGUUAAACCUGUCAAUUUCAACAAUGGUAUUUGUACCAUUUCAAUCACCAAGACCUCAGCUUCAACGAUCCGUUGACGUGUUUCUUCUAAACGCAAGCUCAAGGGUACAGAAAGUAUUUAAGAAGUGCAGUCCUAAGCAAACGGUAGUGUUCUUGAAAACCCACAAAACCGGAAGCACAACUCUCGCAAGGAUUAUCGAACUAUAUGGUUACAGAAAUUCUCUCGCCUUUGUAAGGAAAAUAGGAGAAAGGCAAUCUAUACAUUACGGAAACCGGAGAUUUAACAAUCUAUCUCAUCACGCGUUUCUUCCGCCACCGAAUGUAACCAGAGGAGACUACACAAAUUACAAAUACAACAUAUUUACUUUACAUGUUCGUUAUGAUCGUAAAGUUAUAGAUGGAUUUAUGAAAGCAGAUCCUAUUCACAUAACACUGCUGAGAGAACCAUCAAAGCAAUUUGAAUCGGCUUUUGUAUUCUUUGGAACUGGACAAUUUGUAAAUAUACCACGCCAAAGAAGUAGGCCUAACCAUACUUACAGGUACUAUGAAAAAAUAAAACAGUUCCUUCUGAAUCCUAAACAAUACCCUAAGGCGGCAUCUAUCCAUUAUAUUAAUAAUGACCAGAUAUUUGAUCUUGGCUUAAAUGCAGAAUAUCUUUUGAAUGAUAAGGUUAUAAAUGAGACAAUUGCUAGAAUAAAUAAAGAUAUGGAUCUAGUACUUAUAAACGAAUACUACGACGAAUCUCUAGUACUACUAAGCAAAGUACUUUGUUGGAGACUUGAAGAUUUAGUGUAUCUUCCAAGGAAUGAAAGGCCUGACUCCAAAAAAGUAGCAAUGCCAGAAGAGUUGCGUCAAAAAGCUCGCGAAUGGAAUCACGCUGAUACAAUGCUAUAUAAUUUCUUUGUGGAACGAUUGAAAGAACGCAUCAUUGAAUAUGGUCCGUCGUUCAAAGAGGACCUUCGGCGAUUCCGUAAUAUGACGGCAGAAGUACGCCGUAAUUGCGUAGGCGGACAAGUUGUCAAAGGUCCUCGUAAGUCGUACACACCUACUGCAAAUAAUAGUGUAGAAUGCCAAUUUCAUACUGAGGCCCCAAGUAAAAUGAAUAAGCGUAUUAGGCAACAAAUGGGAGCCGGGACACAUAGUGCUAAUCAUGGAAUCUGGAUGCCGAAGACUAAAAAAAAAAUAUCAAAACAAUUUAAGCCGCAAACUAAGAAACAAAUACCAAAACAUGUUCAGCCGCAGACUAAGAAACAAAUACCAAAACAUGUUCAGCCGCAGAUUAAGAAACAAAUACCAAAACAUGUUAAGCCGCAAACUAAGAAACAAAUACCAAAACACGUUUAUAAAUUUACUUAUAAAAGUAAUAAUAUUUCUAUAAUACCGCGUGUGAAGCAGAAGGUAGUGAUACAACGAAGUAGUCGGUGAGAUGUCUGCGUGACGCCCACUUGUGAAAGCAACCCCUCCCGUACUUAAUUGAUGAAUCCCCCUCUUGAAAAAGCACUUUUAUUAAGGUCGGUAGACCUAUAUGUAUAAUAAUUUGGCGCGUAUUUGUAUUUUGAACUACAUUUAUCUUUAUCGAGAGCAGCUUAGCUCAGUCGGCUAAUCUGGUGGUAGCCACUGUGUGCAGAGGCGGAUUUAGGGGGCCCCGGCCCCCACCUCCUUUUGGGAGGGAAAAAGAAAAGAAAAAAAGAAAGAAAAAAAAAUGAUAGCCCAGAACGCUUCAAAUGAUAUUUUCGGGUGUAUAGAACACACAAAUUUCGCGGGGGCAUGUCCCUGGACUGUGUUGUCUCGAUCGGCCCAACUUUCGCCACCACCCCCGCCCCCACCCUUUUUGGACAUCUCUGGAUCUGCCCCUGGUGUGUGCGCUGAACUGUGGAGAUCUCUAGGUCCCCGGUUCAAUUUCCAUCGCUGUCUCUCCUUGAAUUUCAGCUGGAGGGCUGGAAUACUAGUUCUAAUAGCGCACCGUCUUUCGGAUGAGACGUUUAAGCCGUUGGUCCCGUAUGCAUUGAUGACCCAUGUGCACGUUAAAGAACGCAGUACACUCUUCGGAAAAGAGUAGGGGAUUGGCUCCCGGUGUACUGCCCAGUCACCGCCAGAAGAACCCUGCUGGAAAUAAGUCUUCUUCUAGACUUUCGUGGGCUAUAGGCGUUUACACCGAAUAAAUCCAAUCCAAUCUAAUCCAUAUCUGCAGUAAUUGAUCUUAUCACAGGUACAUGUGCAGCUGUAUUUCGCAAUACUAGAUAUAUAGGUUAAAUAAAUAACAAGUUAUUAUAAACAAUGAGGAAAUAUCUUUGGGUGCGUUCUAGUCCGAGAGCCUUAUCCUAUUUUGUUAAGAGUAUUGACAAAAAUGUACCAACAUCCGUCUUUCUGGUUUAUGCUACAGUUUUUUGUAAAGCCUAUCGGCUUCUAUCUGAAUAAUGUAGCAUUAUUUAAAACCCAAUAAUGUAAAACAUACCGGUAAUACAUUUGCUUUUGAUAACUUGUUUACAGAUUUAUAAAAAAAAAAUGUAUCAUCAAAUAAGGGGCAGUAGGGUUAAUAAACAAUGAAAGUAUAAAACAAUGAGCAACCUUUUCCACCCACUGGGCCUGUGGCACACCCUGAGAGCCUUAUUCCACUGUGUUCAAUUGGAAUUUACUUUAAGAUAGUUACAAAAUACAUUCAAAAACAUCCGUCUUCGAGAUUUGUGUUAUUAAUAGUGUUUUUAGAUCCCUGGGCAAUACUUUUGUUUGAUAUGUUUAUCGUUCAACAAAAGGCGGUAUCAAAUAUAUAAAAAUGUCUCUGUGGGGCUCAACCUUUAACUUUUAGCUAACAAGGCCAUCGUCAUAUACACAGAGACCUAUAUGUUAUUUAUUUCAAUUUGUUAUUCUGGAUGACACAACCAAAGCAAAGACAUUGGUUUUUGCGGUUCUGAUACAAUUUACAUAAAUAUAGUAUAACAGUGCUAAAUUGUAACUGAGAAAUGUAUGGUAAAUUUAACAAAAAAGGGACCAAUUAUUUAAGUGACAGCAUUAAGUUAUGUUGCUAGGUAGUUGGUUCCAGCGUGGAGGAAUAAGUUUAGAAUAUUCCUCCAUGGUUGGAGUUC